UAUAAAUGUGGCGAUGACAGCUUCACAGACUGUACUCUCCUGCACAUUGAGGACCUGGACUUCCUCGAGUGGCUCCUGUCUGUGUGGAAUCUGCUGCAGUCUGAACAUCUGUCUCCAAACAACAUCUUCACUUCUGACGUGGUCACACUCGUCUCAUCUGCUUGGAGUUGGACCACAGCACACUGAGGACCUGGAGUCUGUGUGGAAUCUGCUGCAGUCUGAACAUCUCCAAACAAGCUUCUUCACAUCUGACGAACAAUGAAGAGAUCCAGAGCCAUCCUCGUCUGGCUCCUCACUCUGGCAGCACUGAGCUGUGUCUCUGCUAAGACUUUUCUAAAGCUCAACUCCACACAGGAUCUGAAAAGAAUUUAUGCAGAAAAAGAAAAUCCUGUUUCUGCGCACAGCCUCCCUCUGCUCCACCUGCUCGCCAACCACGUUUCUAUCGACAAUAACACCCAUGUCUAUCCAGAUUUUGACCCAACUACAGAUUAUGGGUCCGACCCCUAUGAAAACCCUGAAAAUUUGCUGGACAGAGACUGCAAAUAUUACACUUUAGGCAAUGUUAAUAAGAAAUUCAAUGACUCCAAGACCAUUCCUCCAUAUGUGCGUCAUCCCAAAGGUCUGAACAUGCCCAAUAUGAACAGGGCUCGCAUUCUCCUUUGCCUAAGCUACAAUGGAAAAAGGUGGCGCAUCCACCAAGUGUAUCUCACCCAACAUUAUGAAUCCAGGUCUCAGGGCACUGCACAUGACCCAGCUCGCACCUUUGAAAUAAGCCCCGAGCUGCUCCGAGAACUCCAAGAGUUUUCAUUCAACGACGAUGUGGCGGCACUGCAGAGGCUGAGGGACCAGUACAACCAGAACAUAGACAACUCCCAGUUAAACAGCAUUAUAAACACAUGGGGGAGAGAGCAAGCUCCUCUAGGGCUGCUUAUAUUACACAUGAACCUAUCCAGAAAAAGGAUGAAACGCUAUGGUGCCCCAAUACCAAGCCAAUGUGAAAAGUUUGAUCAGAUGCAUGUUGCUGUGGUGACUGGAAGCAAUGGAUAUGCUACUAUUGUGUGGAGAGAUGUUUAUCAGAGCUGGAUAGAUAAACAAGCAGCUAUAUUACUCUUCAAUUCGAACGAUAUACUACAAACAUACAUAGUACUUGAAAGCAGUAGUGGCAGUUAUGAAACUUCGGUAUCACUGAACGACGGGCUUCAGGCGAGGUUGAAAAAUUACGGCGAUUUCGGGCUCAGGUUAUCGUUAAUAGGAGAGUACUGCAGAAGUCCAGAAUUUCAAAGUCCAAAGCCAGUUCCGAUUGAAAACUACAACUUCGCCAAACUGCAGCUCUUUGUUCGAAAUGGCUAUAGCUGUUUCCGUGUUUAUAUACACAAAUUAUUAUCAUUUGGAGCCUAGUUUUUCUGAUGCCUGGGUAGCGCUGUAUGAGUCUUAUAGAGAGAGCACAGAUAACUACAACUCUGGGCAGUGGCAGUGGGUGACCUACUUUGCUGAAGGCCCUGAUUCUGGUAAAUAUAAGACUUACGAGUACUGCACUGAUACAGCAGUUGCUAAAGGACUCCAAGCGCGGUUUAUGAUCAGAGAUUACCAGGAAAUAGCAACAACUCCAAUAUGGGUUUAAUCUCAGAUAUUUUACGGAACUUUUAAAAUCCUAGUUAAGCAGUUUAGUAAACAUAUAUCUGCAGAUGUUUUGCAAAAUUCAUAAUUUUUUGUACUUAUUAUGUUUAAUAUGACCCACCAACAACUCCAACAAUGAAUAAUAGAAGCCCCUUCCACCAGUGACGUCCCAUUAACCAUGUGAAACAAACAAAACAUUAUUUCUCAGGUGUUUUGUGUUGAGUGUCAAGAAGUUGUAAAAAAAUGUAAUAUAACUUUAAUACAUGGGAGGUGAGAUUUUGGAAUUGUUUGGACAUCCUAUUUUAGAUGGAACCUUUUAACUGGCUAAUAAUACAUUUAAAAACUAUUUUAUAACCCUUUGCAAGUAAUCAGUAAUGUAUUCCAAUCAGAAAUGAUUUGUAUGAUUGUCAGUUUUGUGUUUUAUUUCUAAGUGUUUCAUUUGUUGUUGUUGUGUGUUGUAUGGGAACAACAGGAAGAGCAGCCGGUGUCACUGACAUCAGCUCAUGUGGAUCCCAAUCAAAAUCAAAAAUCAAAUCAAAUCUCAGAGUGAUGUGUAUUUUAUGCUCUAAUCAACAUUGCAUGUAUAAUUAUGUGGAAUGUUCUACUCUGAUUAUAAUAAAAAGACAAAAACA